AAGGCUAAACACAUGGACUGUGGAUGUUGAGUAGUACACACUGCCCUCUUGUGGCCAUGGGAGUGAUCAACAUUAAAAAAAAAACACAGCGGGUCCUUGACAUUGGGCAAUGCUUUGCAUGCAUACAGAGGCACAAUUCGUCUUAUGAGUUGAAAUGAUAGGCCAGCUAAUAUAGCUUAGACCACGUAUAUCCUGCACAAAUAAGCAAUUAUUUCAACACAUUUCCUAAACUAUACGAUGGGGCAUAUUUCAUGUGCAUAUGGAAAUCAUCUGAAGAGGACGGUGGGCUGUAAGUGAAGAUCCCCAUUGUAGAGUCCAAAAAGGGCUUUGCAACCUUCAUGUGUGUUCAGUGUCAGUGCCCAUUAAUGUUAUAUCACAGCUAGUGGCAGGAACAGUAAUAUACAUAGUGUCAGAUUCUGAGUGUAUGCACGCAUGCAUAUUUCUCAUAGAGGUAAUACAUUAGCUAGACUUAUUUAGAUACCCUGAUCAAUCUAGUUAUUCCGAGCCCUAUUAGACAGAACAUUACAAUGUGCUGCAUUCUUUAGUAGCCUAACAAUGCAGUUUCUAUUUCUAUCCACCAGGGGUCCAACCACAACUUUACUCCUUUUUGGCAGGUAACCCGAUGUCAUUUAAAUUUGUAUAUAAUAUCAGGUGGUGAAAGCAGAGACAGUUUACCUCUUAUCGUACUUAAGGUCUUCAGUCACCAAAGAGCAAGGGAUAUUUCAUGCAUCUCUUAAAAACCUUUCCGUCACGCUGCGUCGCAGUGAUGGGUGGACUGUGCUGAGCUCUCCACAAAGCAUCACAAAAGCAUUUGCAGUGCUGCUGCUGCCUCCUCGCAGGCACAGACAAGCCUCUGAAGGACCGCAGCGAUCUCCACAGGCUCACGAACUGAUCAGAUGUCUUGUGCACGGUUGCAGCUGCAACGCAUCCUUUGGAAACGCAAAUGGCUUCCAGUCUAAGGGGUGCGCAUAGAGACUUCGCCGAACUGGAUACCUCCGGAGGGGACCCCCGAAUCUGGUGCACAGUGAGAGGAAUACGCAGGGGAGCAGCUGAUUGUUCAUGGAAAAACGGGCGGAGAGCUGGUCAAGAGGGAAUGUUCGGAAAAUGUAUGGUAUCCAUAGGAAUGGUCCUUCUCCUGCUGCAGUGUGCGCUGGCAGUUGAGGACUCAGAUUAUGAGACGUCAGGGUCUUUGGCCUCACCUCAGGAUCCAGUCACCUUGGCAACACCCUCUCACCUGCUGGCCGGCUUCAUGAUGUUGGAGGAGGAUUCGAUUGUCCAAUCAGAUGGCUCGAGUCCUUCGGCGAACACAAAAGAGCAGUCGGCGUUCUCCUCCAUCCUGACCCUGCUGGCCAGCACGGCCCAGCGCCCCCAGAACCUCUUCCAGCUCAAAAAGCCCCCGGGGAGCCGCAGCAGGAGAGCGAAUAGAACCGCCCAGUGGCGCGACGACGACCUGAUAGAGCGAUCUGCGCCGUCCUUCACAUCUUCCUCUUCCUCCUCCUCGUCCUCCUCGAUCCUGGGGCCGAUUGGCAACUACUCCUUUGGCUCAGAGGAACCAGCAGUGGAUGAUUUGCUCACAUCCAGUGAGGCUGGUACUUUCUCUAGAGGAAACGACUCCAUUGCACCCCCCUCCCAGAUAAAGAUUACAGACUCACCGCCUCCAUCUUCUGCCACGUCCUCUCAAACAGCAUCAGCAACCCAGAAGACUUUACUCCAGCUCACCACCAUGACCCCCACCACCAUAUCUCCAGCUACGACCACCACGACCACCACCACCACCACCACCACACUGCCUACAACCACCACUCAAUCCACCACCACAGCAACAACGAGGCCCACUACAACAGAACCGACCACCACAACUACCACAACCAGUGUGCCACCCAGGAGGUCACUCCCUGUGCGGCCACCGGCCCGCACCUUAGCCAUUCAACCCCCCAGGACUAGUCCACCCAGGAUGACCACCACCGUCAUCACCACGACCACCACUGCAGGGCCGCCACCACUCAAGUGUAACAUCACCAAUCGAAUGUGGGUGAAAACAGUUCUGUUCAUUCACUUGAGGAGAAGUCGUCUGGACAGCGUGCUCAAGCAGAACCUUCCGAAGGGGUUGUCCCAGGCUUUGAGGAAGGCCCUGAACGACAGUGCUCUUCAUGUACAGGUUGAGACCCUCUCUACAGUACCCAAUGUGACGGUGUCGUACUUGGUGCUCCGUGGGGACAUGGUCUACACCCCGGCUGCUGUGGUGGAGGCACUGAGUGUGUAUGGUGUGGAGCGUCUGAUGGGGGACAUCCGGCAGUUUGUGCCCUUAGCGCAGGCGGUGCCUGUCCCAGCCAUGCCCUGGAAACCCAGUCCAGCCAUCUCACUGCUGCUCAGGACAGUCCUCAGGUUUGUGAAUGCAGAAGAUGACCUGCAGUCCUGCAGGUUCUCUCAGAUGAUGGAGCUGCGUCUGGAAAAGGCAUUUGAGGAGGCUGAAGCCAAAGUGCUCCACUCCCAUAGCGCUCUGUCUGUGCAGAUCCUGAGUGCGUCCCAUUCUGCCGGCUCCCCUGCCGUCUCUCUGAUAUACGUGGUGUGGAAUGGCAGUGUGGCUCUGAAUGGCACUAUGGCCAGCAGCCUCCUGAGCCAGCUAACGGCUGAGCUGGUGGGAUACUUCCUCUUCUACCCUCCCCUCAUCACAGCAGAGCCAUUGGAGUACCACAACCUCAACACAUCUGCAGCUACGAAAGACUACUGGGUAAUCACAGUCAUUCAGGAUGUGGAUAACUCAUCUCUGGAGGGGCAGUACCAGAGCUUUGCCAGUCUGAUGGAGCAGCGGCUGGCCGAGCUCUUUGUGGUGGCGCAUCAGCAGGGCGGACGCUUCCGGAGAGCCGCCACGGUGGGCAGCUACACUGUGCAGAUAGUUAGCAUGAGGCGCGUCACGGGGUCAAAGAACCCCGCAGAGCUGACCUACUACGUCCAGUUGAACGGCGCCCCGUUGGCUGGCACCUCGGCCGCCAAGGUGCUGAACACGUUGGACUCCCAGACCAUGGCGCUCACCCUGGGCUAUUUUGUCCAGCUGCAGGCCGAACCUGUGGUGAAGAACCCACCCAACAACCUGUGGAUCAUCGCCGCAGUGUUGGCCCCCAUUGGCGUGGUGACCAUCAUCAUCAUCAUCAUCACUGCCGUGCUCUGCCGCAAAAACAAGAGCGACUUCAAGACCGACUCCAUAGGCAACCUGAACCCCCGUGCCAAGAGCGCUUACCGGAGGGAUGCUGGUUAUUAUAUUCAGCCAGUCCAGGGAUUCGACUAUGCCAAACAACACCUUGGCCAGCAGGGCGGCGAUGAAGAGACCUUGCCUGUUUCCCAGGAGACCAAGGUCCUGCCCAUCAGAGAUAUGCCCCUGUCACUGGAGAAAGUCAUUCACCCAGAUGGUACCAGCACCAAGAAGACUUUGUCCAGUGAAAUAAGGAAAAGCAGGUUGCCGAGCGAAGACGGCUCUGUCAUCAGCAACGAAUCAGCGAAGCCCCACUCUGGCAGGGGCUCAACAGCGCUGAAAGUCCCAACGCAGCAGAAAAUGACAAAGGAGGAGACGCGCAAGAGGAGCGAUCCCUAUGACACCUCGUCAGGGUCCCUGCAGCUCAUCUCCAUCAAGCCAAUGGCAGCUCCGCCCACCUAUUCACACCCCGCCUCCUCUGACCGGAGCCAGGACUCUGCAAUCCUCAAUGGAGAGGUGAGCAUGGCUUUGAAGCAGAAGUCGGACAUUGAGCACUACAGGAAUAAGCUGCGUCUGAAGGCCAAGAGGAAGGGCUACUACGACCUCCCUCUGGCUGAGGGCAGCAGCAGCUCCAAGGCUGUGAGUCAAAGGUACCAGCAUGGACACCAGAGGGCGCCACAUGAGCACGGCCGGCCCCUGGAGAAUGAUGAUGAACGCUCCUCCACCUAUGUGAAGUCCCACAGAAGACACUCUCAGGUGAGGCACCCAGCCUACCGUAGUGGGCAGUCUCUGAACAGCCCCAGCCCUGGAGGGACUGAGAUGGACCUGCUGGUCAUGAGAGAGAGGCCCAGGAAGGGCAUCCGCAACAGCGGCUAUGAUACUGAACCUGAAAUCAUCGAGGAGACUAAUGUGGACCGGCUGACGAGCCACCGUAGCUAUGGUUACGGCCGGCAGGUCAAGGGUCACUCGGAGACGUCCACCCUGAGCUCGCAACCCUCCAUCGAUGAGGUGCGCCAGCAGAUGCACCUGCUGCUGGAGGAGGCCUUCAGCCUGGCCUCGGCCGGCCACUCCACUGCCGGCCGCCACCACCACCAGCACCCCCAACACCAACUGGGGCCCUACAACCCCGGGCCGCCCAUCCCCUACUCCGAGGUGGUGACCAGCGCUCCGGGGACCAUCAGCCGAAACCAAAGAGCGCUUCAGUGGGUGCCGGCGUACGGGGCGGACCUGUACCAGUGCAGUCUUCCCAAGCCUGCUUUCAGGUUCACUCAGCUUCCUGACAUGGCUAUGGGGUCCCCUCCUCCCCCCAUUCCACCCAGAACAGGACCUCCUGGGACUUCACUGAGGCGCUCUUCAUCUGACCUUGGGCCGAAGGAGCGGAGCGUAGAGUCCUCUGUCACUGACGUGCCGAGUCAGCAUGACGGCGCCCCCUAUGUGCCAGUCAGCAGAGCAGUGCUCCCCUCAGUCACCAAUGACCAGCCCCUGCCACUCAACCACUCAGGUGAAUGUGAUAGCCUCCUGUGUGUGAAUGUGUGUGUGUGGGAGGAAUGUUAUGUCAUCUCCCUUUCAGUCAAGACAGGCACUGCUUUGAUCCUGAAACUGCAAGCUGCCAGCUUGAACCGAAGCAACCUCUGUGUGGGCAUUUCCAGCAUUUUGUCUUUUUUUAUUUUUCGUCUUAUAAAUAGCCGUGACAUAACACCACAUUCUCCAGCUUAUACAAUGCUCUGCUUAAUUUCUGAUGAAUCUAAAUCUCCCCCUCUUGCAGGAAACCCAAUGUCUGCAGUCUAUGCCAUCCCUGCUACUCGCCCCGGCUACCCAGGCUACUUCCUCUCCACCCCCCCGUCCUCCUACCACAGCCCAUCCUGGAUGUCGUACCCACCAGAGCCCGAGGACGUGCCCCAGCAGUGGGCUGAAUCUGUGCCACUGCCAGGUUAUGCAGAGGCCUUCCCACACCCCCGCUACCCUCAGGGCAGCCCACUGUUGCAUCACUACAGGCAGCCACCAUCAGCACUGGUAGGCUUGGAGUGUCCCCCUUCUGCCUCCCAGCAGAGCCUAACCGACCCACUGGACAUCCCUGGGUCCGACCUCCCCCUCACCAACCUCUCCACGUCCGCCUUGGUCAAAGCCAUCCGCGAGGAGGUGGCCAAGCUGGCCAAGAAGCAAACAGACAUGUUUGAGUUCCAGGUCUAGAGCUCCCUCCAGUGGGCAGGAGGUCCAACUGCAAUUAUUUACGGAGGAGACUGCUGCAGACCUGUGCACCACACAAAACUGAACUCAGAGGUUUGUAUAGAUUCAUGCUCUCCUCCUUGGGUUGAGCAGGAAAUAGUUAUCCCUGUUCAAUUACACAAUGUACUCGUUUUCUUGCAAAAGAAACCCGUUGUAUGUCAAGCAUUUCAGUCAGCUUUACUGUGGGCUGUCUUUUUGCUUUUUCUCCAUUUGUUCUGUGGCAUUGUAAGAUAGCAUUCAAAUCAUAAAUGUGAUGUUUGGAACUGAAAGGAACUGACUUUCACAUGAGAGCCAAAGCAUUGCAAUGAAUUUAUACUUUCAACCUGCUGUUCGUACAUUAUUGAAUAUUGCAUAUUCAGUUAGCACUUAAGUUUCCAUUUUUGUUGCGAUUUACAGAUAAUGUGCAGAAGCCUGAAUCAAGAAAUUUAUACUUUUCUAAUUCUCAUGGCGGUUAACAUUAAGAAUGAUUGAUUAUAAGGAAUGAUUAUAACCUUCAUCUUAUUCAAUUCACCUUGCUGUCUUGAGUGUACAAAAUGAAAAAACAUUUUGGAAUCAAGAUUAAUUAAAUAACAUACCGAUAUUUUAGGAGCCAGAGACUAAAUUAUAGUUUUGCGAAUGCAAGUUGUAGAAGUCUGAUAUGUUGACAGUAUAUUUUGGCCUUUUCUGGCUUUCCCCUUGAGUUAGAAAAGUACAUUUCUUGUUUGACCAAGUGCAUGCCACUGCAGAGUAUUUGACUCAAGGGCUUUUUGUACGUGCUGUCUCCUUCAUGUCCUAUAGGCUGUCCUGUAGUAAAUAUUUCUUUGCAUUAAAUUGUGAAUGUGUUACAAAAGAGCGAACUCUUUGGAAAUGAUUGUAUUGUAACUCCCAUUAAGGUCAGUUGAAAUGCACUUUACUUUAUAAGUAUAGAUCCAUCGUUUUCUGUUAAUUCUGUCAAGAUUUGAAUGGAAGGAGUCAUGCGGUGACCUCUGAAUAUCCUCCAAUGCAAAGUGGUGAGCAAUAUUCAAAGGCCUGGAGAAUAAGAUCUGUAGAUGCUGUGAAGAAUAAGAUCAGUAGAUGCUGUGCUAUCUGGACACAUGGCCUCGAAUAAGGAUCUAUUUGCUCUCUGUGAACCAGAGGAACAGAGAACUAACUGGCCUAAGUAGUGUAUUUUAAAUGACACCUGUACAGUACUGUAGUCUUGGUUUGCAACUUUUGCAGAAGUUUAGAAAACAAAUUAUGUCUUAUGAGGGAGACUGUUCCUAUAUGACCCAUUUUUACAAAACAGGCAAGUAUUUGUCAUUUAUACAUGUGGAUGGCUUAUACUGUCUGUAGGAAAGAUGGCCAUGGGAAAAAAAAUGUUUUUGUUGUUUGUCAAGGUCAUGUCACAUCUUAUUUUCUCAGGUUCCCUUUUGGAACUUUUACACCGAUAUUGGUGUUGGUUUGUAAAUAGGUAAGAAAUAAAAUCAAUUCUUGAAUUUAUUUCACUCUCCAGCACUUUGCUGAUGGGUUAACCUUUUUCGUUAUUCUAGGAAUUUCAUAAUAAUGAUACUUUCAUACCUUGAGAUUGACAAUAUCAUUUCUGUUAGACAUAAAGAUUUCGACUUGUUUUGUUUCUGUAUAAAGGGAUCUUAAAGCUGGUGUAAGUGAUAUUACUAACCUACUAACGGUUUCAUUCUCAAAACGAUUGGCACGCAGUUGUGCUCCACUCUUUAGAGAGUCUAUGAUUGGUUAAUGUAGCUGUACUGUGUUGAAAGUUUUGUAGCUGACUACAGAGCACAGGAGAGUCCCAGAGACAUUUUUCUCUCUUGGAGCAUAUUUUUGCGAUAUAGCAAAAGUAAGUAUCCUAAAAAUGUCGCUUACAACAGCUUUAAGGGAGACACUUAAGUAUUGAUUCAUCAGAUGUUAAUUUGUAAGAGCCCAGAGUAAUGUUGUCUUCUUUACCAAUGAGCCAAUAAAAAGGACUGAAUGAUAAUA